AGACUUGUAGGAGGUCUCCCAUUAAAACAAACCAGAAGACGGUGUAGUCAAGUCAAGUCCGGUUAUCUCAUUGCGUCAUUUGCAAGUUUGAAAAUUCAAGCAUUGAAGAUCUAGAAGGAGAAUAAUUAUAGAAAUCCGAGUGGAAGAUAUUGCUUGGACCUUUCUCUACGCCACUCUUAACAUUAGUCAAGCUUAAAGUUCGUUUCACAUGACAAAUUUUUGCAAAGAGUCAUCUCGUUAGUCUUCUCCAAAAAGGGGGAGAAAUCCUAUCAUAUUGGAAAAACCACAACAAACAUGGCCCAUUCUGGAGAAGGUGGAGAGGUUUCCGCUAAACCCUCCAAACUACAACAGCAUCACUUCUCGGAAGAAUCCAAAACCCUCCGACGACAACUUACAUAACUUGUCGGACGGGCACUAGUAUUGUUAUAUUUAGGAAACACAAGUACACCUAAACACCCAAGGUUAAUUGUUUCACCAUGUUUCUACAAAUCCUCCUCUUCGUAGCCCUUUAUGUAAUCACCACCCAUUUGCUCCACAAGUUUCAAAACCAUCCUCCUAUCCCUUUUCCCAGUUUACCCAUCAUUGGCCACCUCCACCUUCUCAAGAAACCUCUCCACCGUUCCCUAGCGAAAAUCUCCAACAAACAUGGCCCAAUCCUUCUUCUCCAUUUUGGCUCUCGCCCUGUUCUCGUCGUCUCAUCUCCAUCCGCAGCGGAGGAAUGCUUGGGCAAAAACGACAUCGUCUUCGCCAACCGCCCCCAUCUUCUAUUCGGGAAGCAUUUGGGCAACAACUACACCACUCUUGCCUGGGCCCCCUACGGUGACAACUGGCGGAAUCUGAGGCGUAUAUCGUCUCUUCAACUUCUCUCAACUAACUGCCUCCAGUUGCUCUACACCACGCGCCUUGAUGAGGUCCGCUUGCUUCUUCGCAAGCUGUUCGAGAAUCGAGAUCGGACGGUGGAGGUGAAAUCCGCACUCUUCGAGCUGAUGCUCAACGUGAUGAUGCGGAUGAUAGCGGGGAAAAGAUAUUACGGUGACAACGUGGCAGAAGUAAAGGAAGCGACUAGAUUUCGUGAAAUAAUGACUGAAACGUUUCUUUUGGCUGGUACAUCAAAUAUGGGAGAUUUUUUGCCUCUGUUGAAGUGGGUUGGAAAGAGCGAGAAAAAGAUGAUAAAGUUACAGCAGAAAAGAGAAACAUUUGCUCAGGAGUUGGUAGAAGAAUGGAGAAACAGAAUGAGCAAUAGGAAAAGUUCUUUAGUUGGUGAAAAGAAAAAGACCAUGAUUGAAGUGUUGUUGUCUUUGCAAGAAGAAGAUCCUGAAAACUACAAGGAUGAGACCAUUAGAAAUCUCAUGAUGGUUUUACUUCUUGCAGGAACAGAUACUUCAGCGGGGACAUUGGAAUGGUCUAUGUCUUUUCUUCUGAACCAUCCGGAAGUACUGGAGAAGGCACAAACUGAGAUGGAUACGGUGGUUGGACAAGGUCGGCUGAUGGAUGAAUCAGAUUUGGUUAAUCUUCCUUAUCUUCAUUGCAUUAUAAGGGAGACGAUGCGAAUCAAACCUGUCGGUCCGUUGUUAAUACCACACGAGUCAUCAAAAGAUUGCAUGGUCGGAGGGUAUCGUAUACCGCGUGGCACCAUGUUAAUGGUGAACUUGUGGGCCAUACAUAAUGAUCCUAACAAUUGGGAGGAGCCUACAAAAUUUAAGCCCGAGAGAUUUGAAGGUUUGGAAGGCACUAAAGAUGGGUUCAAGUUAAUGCCAUUUGGGUCAGGGCGGAGAAGCUGUCCUGGAGAAGGGUUGGCCAUGCGGAUGGUUGGAUUGACGUUGGGGUCACUAAUUCAAUGCUUUCAUUGGGAGAGAAUUGGUAAGGAGAUGGUGGAUAUGACGGAAGGGCCUGGCCUCACCAUGCCAAAGGCUCAACCUUUGCAGGCUAAGUGUCGGCCACGCCAACCCAUAGUUAAUUUGCUUUCUCAAAUUUAAACCAAAUCCUCUAUAAAGUUGUGUAAUUUCCUCCCAUAUAUUGGGGUUUAUGGGAUUGAAACUUUCAUGAAAGCUGUAGACACUUUUCCUCUACUGAUAACAGGUAAGAGCUGCUUGUGCCUGGCUCUUAGUCGUGGAUUUUUUUGAUAUUGGCUUUACAAAGAAUUAAGUAUGUAAUAAUAUUGCGGAUAUAGUGUGCUGAUGAAGUAUAUAUAUAGACAAUGGAUGUGUAAGUUUAUUA